CGUUGCUUCGUGAAGACCCGGGGAUGAGCGGGGCGGAGUUAGAGAAUGUAAACGUCCAGUUGUGGGGCGGGUGGAGAAAAACCGAAGCGUUUGAUCUAAAGGAAGCCGGCGAAGCGGAAGCGUUUGCGUUUAGAUGCUUUACAAGUCCUGUAUGAAGACAAAAAAUGAGACUUAGGUCUCAAAAAACUAUUACUGCUGCAUCGGAGACGCCGCGGACGACGCGUCAACGGUUGAGACAAACGCGCCUUUCGACGACGGAGACGGAAAGCCCGCUACCAAACAAGGCUGAGCAGGAGUCCUUUGUUAACAAAUCAGAGGAUGAAGUUCCCACAGUCAAAAGGCGACCACUACCUCGUGGCCGGGCAAGGAAGAGGCCAAGGGCCAUCGCUGUUGAGGACCGCGAGUCGGGUAUAUUAGCUCCAGCAGCAGAUUUGGCUUUUAAGACUCCACUCAAGCCCAUAAUGCACCAUGAGCGCAUUCUGUCAGAAAUUGAUGUGGCAUCUUCUCGUAAUGCCACGGCCAGAAACAUCUAUCCGCCCAUCGUGCGGUUUCUCACACCCAGCAAGGAGAAUAUGAAAUGCCCUGAAACUGGCAACAGUGUUUUGAUGAGCCCAGAACAAGGUGUGUUUGGUUAUGGUUCCAUUGACCUACUGGCUGGAGAUGAGGAUGAUGACGUCUUUGAUCCGUUUACUUUUAUUAAGAACAUACCGUCACAGUCUCAGCAUUCCCGACCGUGUCUCAGAGAUAUCCCACCAAAGACCAGGAGCACUCCAGAGGCCACGUUGGUGGUCGACCUGGAGGAGACGCUCAUGUUUAGCUCUCUGAAUGUGAUCGAAGAAGCAGAUUAUACUUUCUAUGCAACAUUCCAGGAUCAUCAAUACAAGGUGUACAUGAUCCUACGGCCGCAUGUGCGAGAGUUUCUUCAGGCCAUGGCAAAAAUCUACGAGCUGUUUGUUUACACAUGUGCGAAGAAGGAAUAUGCCGAGAAGAUCCUGGAGAUCCUCGAUCCUCAGAAAAAACUGUUCCGACACCGUCUGUAUCAGGAUGACUGCGCCUGCGUCCUCGGACACUACAUUAAGGACCUCAACAUCCUCGGGAGGGAUCUGACCAAAACGGUGGUUCUGGAUAAUGCACCACACACGUACCCUUACCAUUUGAUGAACACAAUACCUAUUAAGAGCUGGUCUGGAGGAGCAGAAGACAAAGAGCUGCAGAAGCUUGUCGCCUACAUGGAGAAACUCGCUGCAGCUGAGGAUUUCCAGGGGGUGCUGGAGAAGAGGAAGGACCACUUUCACAGGUUGCUGUCCGAGGACUGACAGACCCUCCCGUCUCAUCACAUGACCGUUGUAGCUCAUGCUUAGGUUGACAAGCAGAUUCCAGGUUGGAUCACCUAACCAGCGGGCAGUGUGUCUGUGAGAAACCUGCUCGUCCUCCUCCAGUCCUCCCAGAUGACUUUAAAGGACGGCACAUUUUAAAGAUGCUGCUGAUUGAUCAUCACUUGAACCCACCUUCUCCCAGAACUGAUUUAUUAAGCAGCAAACUGCUAACCUGUAUACAUAUUUCCAGAAAAAAACUUGAAUUAUUUUGUUUAUAUUGCUAAUUUUCUAUUUAUUGAUCAUAUUGCUAGCCAACAGCUUUUAUCUGUAUAUUUCAAGAACGCUUUUUUGUUAAUGCCAUACAUUUGCCCAGAUAAUAAAUGUCUAAAACAAUG